CAUUGCUCAGGUCCAGCAGCCGCCAUUCCAGACACCCACACUUCCGGUUCCGUUUACCGCCACUUCCGGUGAUAAGCGGAGUUGACUUUUACCCUUUAACCCUCCCAAUCGGUUAGUCGGAGUCUGGAUGGAGCCGCCGUUGCAGUUGACUUUGAAAGCGCCGCCGGGGCUCGGCUCCGUGUUGUCGGUGUUGGACAUGCACACGGGCGGCGAGCCGCUGCGGAUCAUCACCGGCGGCUUCCCUCCAGUCCUGGGGGGCGACAUCUUGAGCAAGCGGCGCUACGUGCGGGAGCGGCUAGACGGCCUGCGGCGGAGGCUGCUCUUCGAGCCCCGCGGCCACUCGGACAUGUACGGGGCGCUGCUGGUGGCCUCGGAACGGCCGGACGCUCACCUCGGUGUCCUCUUCAUGCACAACCAGGGCUACAGCACCAUGUGCGGCCACGCCGUCCUGGCGCUCGGCCGCUUCGCCCUGGACUACGGGCUGAUCGCCCAGCCCAGCUCUCCCGAAAGCCAAGUCAACAUUCACUGCCCCUGCGGCCUGGUUCGGGCUUUCGUGCAGUACGACAAGGGCAAGAGCGGCCGGGUCCGCUUCCACAGUGUCCCCGCCUUCGUCUUCGCGACAGAUGUUACUGUUGAUGUACCAGCACGUGGGAAGAUUGUGGUGGAUAUUGCAUAUGGAGGUGCUUUUUAUGCGUUUGUGAGUGCAGAUCAUUUUGGUUUGGAUGUUUGUUCCUCCAGGACCCAGGAUCUUGUAGAUCUAGCGGUAACUGUAACUAAUGCUGUGAAAGCACAGGUUAAACUCCACCACCCUGACAGUGAAGAACUUGCCUUCCUCUAUGGCACUAUAUUAACUGAUGGAAAAGAUGUAUUUUCUGAAGAGCCAACUGCAAAUAUCUGUGUUUUUGCAGAUGCUCAGGUUGACAGAAGUCCCUGUGGCUCCGGUGUAACAGCUCGAAUUGCAUUGCAGUUCCAUAAAGGAUUGAUUCUGCUGAAUCAGACCAGGACAUUUCAGAGUGGUCCAACAAGCUCGCUCUUCACAGCAAAAGCUGUAGAGGAUCUUGAAUACCUCUAUCAAGUCUCCUCGCAGCCUUCUUUUCUCCAAGGAAAACAGUCCCAAUCUCUCCAGUCUAUCCUCAUAGCUACAGUUCUUCAUCCCUGGAAUCAUACUCAAAUCUUUUGUUUUAAGGAAACAAAAUGUGGCGAUUUCAAAGCCGUUAUAGUGGAAGUUUCAGGACAAGCACAUUACACAGGAACAGCAAGUUUUUAUGUGGAAGAUGAUGAUGAUCUGAAAGACGGGUUUCUUCUCCGAUGAAGCAGUAAAAAAAAUCCAGUCAUUUGUCUUAAAAAAUCAAACAGGUAUUUUAAUAAUGUUAAUGUCCUAAAUUUACAUUCUUCUUAAGUGCAAUUCAGCAUUGUUUAUAUGAAUUUUAAUAUCUCAAAGGCAUUAUGAAUUAUGCUUGUAUAAAUUUAUACCAUGUGUUUAGUUAAAUCAUGAGUUAAAGUAUUUACAAUGUACAACGAAUUUGGAACCAAAUAUUUUGAUUUUUUUUAAAUCAGUGUUUUACACAGAAAUGUUUCAUACUGAGUAAAACUAAAUUGAUAUUUCAAUCUGUACCAUGUGCUUUUCCAUUAGUUAUUAGUGUAUUACGCAGUGAAAUUCUGUUCAAAACUAAUUGUAAGGAUACAGUGCAAGCAGACAGUGGUGUUUGUCUGCAGAAUAUUUCUAUUGCCAUUGAAUCACAAUACACUUGCUCCUAUUGAAGGUAUUAAUCUGAGCCUUAGAAUAUGUAUUGAAAGCAUGGAACUUUUAAAAUCAUUGUCUUCAAAUAUCAGCACAAAUAUUUCAGAAGUGAUAUUUCUAUACAUAAAAAGGGUUUUCAAUUAAAUUUUGCUGCCAGUAAUUACAAGAGCUACAACCUGAAAUUUAUAUUAAAUGCAUAUGAAUUUUUUAACAUUGUUAACUUUUUGUACAUUAUUUUGUAUAUCAUGUUUAAUAAAAAAAACAGCUGGAGAUCAUAAAGCACA